AUGGCGACAGCAACAGUCCCCUUAUUGGACUCCAAUGACAAGCUCUUUGACCAAGGCAAGGCCUUCUGGAACAAUUACCUCAAAGGCCGGCCGUCCGCCCCCGAAGUCUUCUUCCGGCGCGUCUUCGACUACCAUCAAUCUCAUGGAGGCAAAUUUGGUACGGUUCACGAUGUGGGAGCCGGCAACGGGCCCUACGCACACAUCCUUCGCUCUCGAUUCCAACAUGUCAUCAUCUCAGACAUUGCACGGGAGAACGUUGUUUUCGCCGAGGAUCGCCUCGGCAAAGACGGUUUCACCUACCGUGCGGCCCGAGUCGAAGAGGGCGAAGACAUCGCUCCCGGCAGUGUGGAUAUGGUCUUCGCGACCAAUGUCUUACAUUUCUGCGAUCAGCCUCUUGCCAUGAGCGAGAUCGCGCGCCAACUCCGUCCGGGAGGGACAUUUGCCUGCGCGGCCUUUGGAGCGGCUCAAUUUAUGGAUUCACGCGUCCAGGAUGUUUACACGCGAAUCAACCACUCUGGGGGCCGAGCUCUACUGGCCAAGGCCGAUGAUGCGGAGAGACUUGUUGCCGUCAUGGCGCGGACGCAAGGUACUUAUAAUGUGGCCCCGUUAGAUAAGGAACUUUUUCUUCCCGGUGCGCAGCGGAUUCACCUCAACAUGGAGAACGGCGGUAUUACUGCUCCGUUGCCGCCGGAGGUGCUGGUCAACGAGCCUGUCUACACUGGAGUCGACGAUGUUGAAACAUUCGUGCAAGAGGAGGGUGGAGCUUUGUGA